CGUUUAUCGCGAUUUUUUCUAACAAACCGGUGCAACCUGCGCAAACCCUCUUCACUCGCUGACGAUCAGUCGUAGUGAGCGUAUCGUUGCUGCUCCGUGAAUCCGGUGUAUCUUUCCGCUGUACCACUGUUCCAGACUGAUCUAGUAGCUAUCGUUUUGAAGUUGCGUGUUCAAUUGCCACCAACAUUUAACGGUUUCGUGACAGUUUCAAUUGAUGCGUUUUCAUUUGGGUGAUUUAUGCGCAGUGUUGUGAAAUUAUAUACCUACAUACAUAUUACGUGAAGGGUACUUGUUGCGGUGUAAAAAAAAGCUGCUCUACCAUGGAGGUGAUUUUCUCUAUCAAUGCGAAACCUUAUCAAAUUAACUCGAAGAGUGUCCCGGUGGAUACCUCUUUGAACACCUUUAUCCGGAACCAUGCCCAUCUCAGUGGAACCAAGUUCAUGUGCCUCGAGGGAGGCUGUGGUGCUUGCGUGGUUAACCUGAGCGGCGUACAUCCGGUCUCUGGUGAGAUCUUCUCGUAUGCUGUUAACUCGUGUCUGUUUCCUGUGCUCGCAUGCCAUGGAAUGGACAUAACUACGGUCGAGGGAAUUGGUGACAAGCAGCGCGGAUAUCACGCUACCCAAAAAAUACUGGCUCACUUCAACGGCACCCAGUGCGGCUACUGUUCACCCGGCAUGGUCAUGAACAUGUACAGCCUGCUGGAGACUAAGAAAGGAAAGGUCACCAUGGAGGAGAUCGAAAACUCGUUCGGAGGUAACAUUUGCCGCUGUACUGGUUAUCGGCCUAUCCUGGACGCGUUCAAGGCUCUGGCCGUCGAUGCUGACCCCAAGAUCAAGGAAAAGUGUCAGGAUAUUGAGGAUCUUACCAAGAUUUGUCCCAAGACUGGUUCGGCGUGUGCUGGCAAGUGCGCCGCCGCUGGAAAAAUCAAUCCCAACAAGGGACUUCAUCUGAGCUUCGAUGAGCAGAAGGAAUGGCAUAAGGUUUACAAUGUCAGUGAUAUCUUUGCCAUCUUCGAGAGCAUUGGCGACAAACCCUACACGCUCAUUGGAGGUAAUACUGCCCACGGAGUGUACCGUCGCAGUGAUGCGAUUCAAGUCUUUAUCGACAUCAACGCUGUCCAAGAGCUGCGGGCUAGCUCAGUAGGAAGUUCCUUAACCGUCGGAGCUGGAACUUCCUUGACUGAGCUCAUGAAUCUGCUGUCCUUUGCGGCGAAGCAAAACAACAGCUUCUCCUACUUCGAACACUUGAUCCAACACAUUGAUUUGAUUGCCAACGUGCCUGUUCGUAAUACGGGAACGAUCGCUGGUAACCUUAGCAUCAAAAACCAACAUCCAGAGUUCCCCUCCGAUCUGUAUCUUAUCUUGGAGGCUGCCGACGCAACGUUGACCAUUCUGGAGUCCCAAGGCAAAACGAAGACCGUCCGACCCUCUGAGUUCGUUACUCUGGAUAUGAAGAAAAAGCUGCUCCUCAACGUUAUUCUUCCUCCGCUAGACCCAUCCAUCUACGUCUACCGUUCGUUCAAGAUCAUGCCUCGUGCCCAGAAUUCACACGCCUACGUAAAUGGUGCUUUCCUGAUCAAGCUGGAAGGAUCGAAUAUCGUCUCGAGCAACAUUUGCUUCGGUGGAAUCGAUCCUCACUUCACGCACGCGCUCAAAACGGAAGAGUUCCUCAAGGGAAAAAAUCUUCUAACUAAUGAAACCGUUCAAGGAGCCCUGAAGAUCUUGGCAAGUGAGCUGAAUCCCGACUGGGUGCUUCCUGAUGCUGCUCCAGAGUAUCGGAAAAAUCUGGCACUAUCAUUAUUCUACAAGUUCGCUCUGAACAUUGCACCUCAACUGAAGGUAUCCGUUAAAAAUGAAUACAAAUCUGGUGGAUCAGUUCUCGAACGUCCACUCUCAUCUGGAACACAAUCAUUCGACACCAUCAAGGAAAAUUGGCCGCUAACGAAGAACAUUCCUAAAAUUGAAGGAUUGCUGCAAACCUCGGGAGAGGCUAAGUAUGCAAAUGAUUUGCCAGCAUUCCCGAAUGAACUGUACGCGGCUUUCGUACUGGGAACAGAAUCACAGACGAAGAUUGUCAACAUUGAUGCUUCGGAAGCGUUGAAACUGCCUGGAGUUGUUGCCUUCUACUCGGCGAAGGAUAUCCCAGGAGCAAAUAAUUUCAUGUACUUCAAAGGAUUCAUGGGUCCACACGAUGAAGAAAUCUUCUGCAAUGAGAAGCUUGUCUAUCAUGGACAACCAGUUGGCCUUGUCGUCGCUGAGACCUUUAAUCUAGCCAAUCGUGCUAGCAAACUUGUGAAGGUACAGUACGAAAAAACUAGCUCAACACGCUACCCUACGGUGAAAGAUGUGCUGCGUGCUAAAGCUACCGAUCGGAUAAGCGAUAUGCCGUACAGUACGUUGGGCGAAGGGUUCGAAGCUGCACCCGAAGGUGCGAUCAAGGUGAAGGGAUGCUUUGAAAUCGGUGGCCAGUAUCACUACACGAUGGAAACACAAACUUCCGUUUGCAUUCCGAUCGAGGACGGUAUGGACGUUUACUCCGCUACACAGUGGAUCGAUUUUACGCAGAUUGCCAUCUCCAAGAUGCUGAAUGUGCCCGAGAACAGUCUUAAUCUAUACGUGCGCCGCCUGGGCGGAGGUUACGGUAGCAAGGGCACCAGGGCCACUUUGAUUGCUUGUGCGGCAGCUCUAGCAGCACACAAGACGCAACGUCCCGUGCGUCUUGUGAUGACGCUCGAGGCUAACAUGGAAGCCAUUGGCAAGCGUUACGGUGUCAUCUCCAACUACGAGGUAGAUGUGGAAAAGGAUGGCAAAAUUACGAAGCUGUACAACGAGUACGUGCACGACUUUGGAUCAUCGAUGAACGAGUCCAUGGGCCACUGUGCGGAGUUCUUCCGGAACUGUUACGAUAACAAGGCAUGGAAGACGGUCGCCAAGGGUGCCGUUACGGACUCUGCUAGUAACACCUGGUGUCGAGCACCCGGCACAACGGAGGGUAUUGCUAUGGUGGAAACCAUAAUGGAGCAUGUCGCUCACGCGACUGGACUAGAUCCACUUGACGUGCGCAUGGCCAACAUGCCCAAGGAUUUGAAGAUGCAUGAGCUGAUGCCUCAAUUCCGGGCCGAUGUCGAGUACGAUGUGCGCAAGAAGGAAAUCGAACAGUUUAAUCGUGAGAAUCGCUGGAAAAAGCGCGGCAUUGCCAUCACACCGAUGCGCUACCCGUUAGGUUACUUCGGUACGAUCCAUGCGCUUGUGUCGGUCUACCACACGGAUGGUAGCGUAGUCAUCACACACGGUGGCAUUGAAAUGGGUCAGGGUAUGAAUACGAAGGUCGCACAGGUCGCGGCCUAUGUACUCGGAAUCCCGAUGGAAAAGAUUAGUAUUAAACCAUCGGCCAAUAUGACGUCGCCGAACGCUAUCUGUACCGGUGGAAGUAUGACCAGCGAGACAGUGUCGUUUGCAGUGAAGAAGGCGUGUGAGAUUUUGCUGGAACGCAUGAAACCGAUCCGUGAAUCGAUGCAGGACGCAUCUUGGGAAACGAUCGUGGAGAACAGCUACUACAAGAAUGUGGAUCUUUGUGCUACUUACAUGUACAAGGCGGAAGAUCUCCAGGCGUACAUCAUCUGGGGGUUGACCUGUACGGAGGUAGAAAUUGAUGUGCUAACCGGCAACGUACAGCUGCGCCGUGUUGAUAUCCUGGAGGAUACGGGUGAAAGCUUGAGCCCCGGUAUCGAUAUUGGUCAGGUCGAGGGUGCAUUUAUUAUGGGCGUUGGUUACUAUUUAACCGAGGCACUGAUCUACGAUCCCCAAACGGGUGCAUUGUUGACGAACCGUACCUGGACGUACAAACCGCCAGGAGCGAAAGACAUUCCGAUCGAUUUCCGGGUGCGCUUCCUGCAGAAAAGCUCCAAUGCGACUGGAGUGCUACGUUCGAAGGCAACUGGUGAACCGGCCAUGAACAUGACCAUUUCGGUAUUGUGUGCUUUGCGUAACGCUGUUCUGGCCGCACGUACUGAUGCUGGAUUGCCGAAUGAAUGGCUUCAACUGGGUGCUCCAUCUACACCAGAUCAGGUGUAUUUGGCAGCGGGUAAUUCGGUAGAACAGUAUUUGUUGAACUAACAAUGUACCUCAAAUAUGCACCACAAUUUGGAUGACUUCUAGACUUCCAAAAAGAUUGUUCGAAAGUGUCCGCUGACACUUUACAAUUCCAACAGGAAACAUUUGUUGUUCUUAUUUUCUUAUUAAAAUGCAAAAUUUCCAUAAAUUUUCAAAAACGGGAUAGGUGUUCAGAUUCGAAAAAUAAUGAAAAAAAAACAUAAAUAUUCGUUGGAAAUUACCGUUUCGUUAUCGUUUGAUAUCGAAAUUGGAUAUAGUAUAGUCAAAAAUAUAUGUUAUCGUUUGAAAUAAUA